AUGUUCAUUGAAGGUGAUGAUCUACGUGCACGUAUGAAACAAGAAUAUCUAAGAAUGACAUUAGCCAAUGUAAUUCGAUCAGAACGUUUUUCAUACAUCACAGAUAUUACUGGAUUACCAGAUUUUGUAUUUAAUGAUAGAAAAACUAGCUCAAGUGAAAUUAAUGAUAAUAAUGAAUUAAUUCGUACAGCUGAUGAAUAUGAUAUUCAACAGAUCAGAAUGUGGCAAUAUAGCCUCAAAAGUCAAAAAGAACAAAGAAGAAAGAUAUUAUUACAUGGUUCACCAGUAGAACCGAUAGAGGUAGCAGUUAAAGUUACUUGGGGUCAUCCUAUUUAUGUUUCUAUAACAUUAGGUGGGGCAGGAGGCUGUGGAAAGUCUCGUGUAACAGAAGCAAUAUCUGCAUUUAUGGGUUUUCACAAUCGGUUCCAUACAUUACGUAGUUUGGCACCGUCGUCAGCAGCUGCUGUGGGUAUCAAUGGUUUAACUAUGCAAUCAAUGUUACGUGAAGGACAUAGAAAAUCAAAUACUAAUACAAUCUUAAUGCAAUCAGAAAUUCUCACCAUCGAAAAUGAAUGGCGAAAUAUUGAUUACUGCUUAAUCGACGAAAUUUCAAUGGUUGGUUGUUAUAUGUUAGCACGAUUUCAUAAGAUAACAACAACUGCAAAACAUACGGAACCAUCGAUACCAUUUGGCGGUAUCAACAUGAUAUUUCUUGGUGAUUUUGUACAAUACGGACCGGUUCUCGAUCGACCUCUUUAUUCAAAUUUAUUAUCAACUCAAGAUACUUUAGAAGAUACUCUCAAUCUCACUAAACAAACUGCAAAACAACGAAAUGUAACUGAACGUGAUAUACAAUGCAAAGUUGGACGAGCACUAUGGCUUCAAGUGAAUAAAGUCUUUUUUCUGAUCGAACAAAUGCGUAAUAAAGACCCAUUAUUCAUGGAUAUGCAAUCAAGGCUGAGAAGAGGAGAAUGUAAUGAUGAUGAUUAUAAAAUGUUAUGUAAACGUGUUGUUUCACCCGAGAAUGAAGUGAAAUCAUUACGAGAAGCACCAUGGAACUCAGCCACAAUGCUAGUAUUUAGAAACGAAGUAAGAACAAAUAUUAAUAACUAUUGUGUAUUCGAUGAAAGUAAAAAAAAUAAUUAUUUACCAAUGGUUGUGGUUGCAAAUGAUCGAGUUCGAAAUGUUGAAAUUGAUAAUAUUGAUCUUCGACGUUUUUUACUCUCAAUACCAGAUAAUAAAACCGAAGGUCUGCCAGGAUAUCUGCCAAUCGUACCGAAUAUGCCUGUUCUAAUAACACACAACAUUGCUACUGAACUUCAUAUUUCAAAUGGUUCUAUUGGUCGAUUAAUUCGAUUAGUAAUAGAGGAAGGUGAAAAUUUACGUUUGGAUAAUACUGGUGAUCCAAAAUUUCCAAAUAAUACAGUUUGUAUUCGCAAACCAUUGUAUGCAUUAGUAGAACUACCCCAAUGCAAACUUGCUUCGUCAUUAACAGAUCUAGAGCCGACCAUUAUACCAAUUGUGCCAGAACAAAAAACAAUUAAAAUUGACUUAAAGUCAUUUAUUUCUCCGAUGCAAAAAAGAUUAUUAAAUAAUAAAACAAGCAUAACUAUUACUCGAUCUCAACUUCCUAUUGUGCCUGCUUUUGCUUUAACUACACAUAAAUGUCAAGGCAAAACUCUAUCAUAUGGUAUUAUUGAUUUGGUUCCUCCACCAUAUUCGAAACCUGAUCUUGCCAAUAUUUAUGUACCGAUAUCUCGUUUUACAUCUCGCGAUACGAUGGCCAUUUUACGUCAUUUUCCUGCUUCGAUUUUAAAUCAAAAGCCACAUCCUGAUAUGAUUGCCGAGCUAAAACGUUUAGAGAACUUGCACAGACUAAAUCAAACUAUAAAGUGA